CCGAGCGGGGCCGGGAGGAGCUGGAGGAAGGCUUUCGCUGAGCGAUCGGACUGUGUGGAAACGUGGUUUUUUUUCGGCCGGAGCUAGGGUGGCAAACAGGAAAGAACCUCAGGAUGGCUAUAAUUCCGCAAGGGACGGCAUCGCUUCGUAAAGCAAAGAAAAGCACAGUAAAAACGUGUCUAGAUAACCCCUUUGUUAUUCAGUGGAAAACCAUAGAUGGAGAGAGCAUGCAUUUUAUAUUACAGACUUUAGAAGAAAGGAUUAAACAAAUUGGACUUAAAAAGGUAGAGGCUCCAAGGAAGAAAAAGCGUUCCAGUACAAAAAAACAAAUGGAAAGAAAGUGUGAUGCAAAGUGUGAUGCUAGCAACGAGCUCCCUACAGGAGAGGAAACAGAAGGGAAUCGACAAGCACCAGGAUGGACUGACGUAAGUAUCAGAAGACAACUUGCAAUUGGAGUUAAUGAAGUUACAAAAGCAUUGGAAAAAAAUGAACUACUACUCCUGCUGGUUUGCAAAUCUGCAAAGCCUGCCAUGAUCACAUCGCAUCUUAUCCAGCUGAGUGCAAGUCAAGACACACCAGCAGGCCAGGUUCCCCGACUCAGUGAAACGAUAGCACCACUUCUUGGCUUAACAUCUGUUUUAGCACUAGGCUUUAAAAGGCAGUCUGAUAAAUUUACUGAUGUAGUAGAAGCAAUAAUUCCAAAGAUACCAGCUUUGGAAGUGCCAUGGUUUCAGUAUAGAACUGAAGGAUCCGCAGCAAAUGCAGAUUCUUCAGAAAUUCAUGAACCUGAGCAGCUUGCGGAGACACUGGAAGAUGAGCACACAAGCCAGAAGCGGAAACGUACAGAAAGCAAUCAGCUUGAUCUUUCAGAUGUGAUUUUACAGCCUUUGAAAAUCAAGAAAGUUGUUCCAAAUCCAAAUAAGAUAAAGAAACCACCUCGCAAAAAGAAAAAAGCCUUUUCAGCAUAAAUGACUUCAGUUCGGUUCUUCCAAUUAAAGUGAUUCGGCAAACUCAUCUGUGUUGCAUUCACACGACGUUCUCUCUGCUUUAAUAAAUAACAUUGUUCAAACUUA